GAAAGGAGAGACACUCAUGCUGGAACAAGCGGUCCAAUGCCUCAUUUUGCAGGCUUUUGCUGCGGCCUGUUGGGCAGGACAGCCUUUUCACCUGGAGACUUCUCAGCCCCUGUCGAGGUCGUGCAGGUCCACACUUCGUCAUAGGAACAGGUGCGACGAUCCCACCUUGAACUCUGAGAAGUGGAUGCGACUGGACGAAAUGUGCUGCGCGCCGCUCAACGGAAGUUUGCGGUUCAGCUGCCAGGAAGGGCGGUUCGAAUCCGACGGGAAGCUUUACAUCAUCCAAGCGUGCGUGGAGGAGCAGGUGGCGCCGCCUGGGAAGACGCUGAGGUUGUCGGUGCGUGACGACGGUUCGGUGCACUACGAGCUUCUCGUCUGCCACGAAGGUUUCUACGAAGAUGCGACCAGGAAGUCGUACGAAAUCACAGCCCCUGUGUGCCGACGAAAAAAGAAAACAUGUGACACAAGGUGGGGGGAAGUACUGCUGAGCGAUGGGGGCGCCACCUCCGACAACCUAUGCGGAUGUGGUGCCUCGUACAGGGUCAAAGGUCAUCCCAAUGUUUCCGCUUGCUGGGGUGGUUUCGGCUCAAAUAGUGGCUGUUAUUGCGAGCGUUGCGUCGGUGGUCUCGAGAGUGAUGGGGACAAGAACAGCACGUGCGUGUCCGCAGGAUGGAGUGAAGACAGCGCCGUGGGUGUGAACUGGACAACGACUGAUGUCAUUAACGCCGCCAUGAGGACAUCGGACGAGCACGUGCACACCUCGCGCGAGUUUCACAAGUUUGGGAUAGUGCUCAACAACUUCCUUAGAAUAUUGGGCAUCGCUGCUUUUACCAUUGUUUUAAUUAUAUCGUGGGCACGAUGAGGCGAUCGGUACGAGACAUAUCGAUCUUUCUCUUCAACUUAUUCUUUCAUUCUCGUUCAUUUCUUGCUCUCUCGUUCCCUCGAUUUCUCUUUUUACUUGUUCGGUUCUGCUUGUUUUUCUCCCCCUCCUUUCUUUCUUUCUCUUCUUUUAGUACUUCUUGUUCUUCAUUUUCUCUUUUUAACAUAUCCACAGACCCGCUCAUUGUCAUGACCUCCUUUCCUCAAUAUCCCCUUUCACAUGUAUAUGUGUAGCCAGUGUAGGUCUUCUACCCUGCUCUGACACUCAAGUUUUCGCAAGAACAGUGCACAUACCUUGGUGUCGACCUGAAGAUUAGAUAAAGGAUAACCUACUUUCGCAAUGUUUGUAACACAACACGGUUCAUACCGAGGGCUGUAACCACGCCUGACUAAACACUACACCAAUAUAAACUGUCUCUGUUGUUUAAAAACAUGGCAGGAGGAUGUGUUGGUGCUAUUUAGUCGGACUGUUUUUAUGCCAAAUUACGUACAUAGGAAAGGUCAGAUAAAUGUUGGACAACAACUGAUAAUAGAGCCAGCAAUGUCGAUAUAUCAAUGAAGGUUGCGCACAUGGGACUUCAAGCGGAAGAAGUCUGUGCUCUGAAGUAUCCUCCGUGUGUCGAGGACUAUCAUAGACACACUGAUACCAGGUAUUUUUCAGUUAUUAGGUUUACAUUUUAAUGAAUAUUUUAGAGAUUGUCAGUGACCAAUAUACAUGAGGAUGUAUAGUUGGGCUUGGUAUAUCGGUUUACCUUUUGGUGUCAGAUCCAGACACCAAGGAAGGUAAUUGUAGAGAAGCUCGUGGCCGACAUUCGAAACUUUUGCAAGUCUGCCAGGCUGAGAAGGGACAGGUCUCGUUGUCAACACGAUCUCGGACAAAUAUCAUUCAAGAAAAUCUUUCUUCGAUCCACGCAUGGACGUGGACAUGGCAGGAAUCACUUCAUUUGACCUCUGAUCUUUCAAACAACAAUGGAGCUUCAGAUUAAAAGCAGCCGUGAGGUAUUCGUGUACAUAGCAUCUGUGAACUAGCAAACAGGGAAAAGAAACCUCAGAUGAAAACUUUGUCUCUACUGAAGGAAAUCUGCAUCACUUUUGGAGUAAAUCGACAUAAAAGUGUGCAAUCUGGAGCGACUUUUUAAAAUCACUGAAGUAAUCAACCUCAAACUUCCUGUUAAUCCUAGGCGGAGUGUACGGCAUAUCUUAAAUUGUCUAAUAAACAUAAUUUCAGAAUCCUAUCUUUAAUCAACGCUAGACACACACAGAAGAGAAGGAAAGAUGACGAAAGCAGAAUAUGUGAGUUUUAUUUCCAAAAGGGAUUGCGACAACUUGACUGUGAUCUCCAGGAACACUGACACUACUGGAAUAGGAGUGAACUGCGAAAUUAGUCCAGUCUUGAAAAUGGUGGCUCUGGUUCGUGGCACUGCUGAUCUGGUUGUCUUCUUCAUUGACAAAAUACAGCAACAACUGCGACAACAACGAGCCCACAACAACAGUUGUGAGAACAUAUCCCAUUCAGCCAAGGAGCAACAUCUCAAGCAUGUUCUCAGAAGGACUACUUCCCCUUGCAGGUUUACUUGACUUCCCAUCUCCAUGACUACGCAGGAUGUACUUAACUCACGGAGAUGGAAUGUGCCGACGACCCCGAAAGACUAGCAAGAAGGGCGAAAACAACAUCCGGGGUCUGGGAUUAUUAUACCACUGUCACCACAGUGAUGUCACAGGAUCCAUCUGGGCUUGAUGGAGGAGAUUCAUUUUCUAUUGACAGCCUAUGUCAAGAUGACCUACGAACUUAACUGACAACUUUACAGUGAACUUCUAUUUACGUGUGUGCAGGAUGGACAAGAAUAGGAAAAUGUCGACCCUGACAGCCAGAAUUCUGUUUGGCUGUAUUGUCCUUUGGACAUGUUCAAAGGGAGAGGCAUCGCAGGUCCUUCCAUCCGCUUGCUGGGAUCAGAUCCAAAACGUUGUGUUCGGGUGUCCCCCGCGAGAUUUUGAAUAUGACGAAUAUUAUUGGGGAUCUCUCAGCAAGCUGUGCUGCAGAAACUACCCGGGAACAGUCCUACACUGUCAAGAAUCUCCAUCUCUUUUUCUAGCCUGUCUUCAAAGGAUAACAGUAAGUAAAGGAAAUCAUAUGAAAUUAGAAAGAAACGCUAGUGGGGACCCUGUGCAGAAUAUCUAUCCUUGCGACGACGGCUAUUUCGAGCCGAAAGACAGACAAUCCGACACUGUACGGUUCCCACAAUGUUCCGAACCAAAGUCUACCUGCAGAGGUAAAGGUCAGAUGUUACUGUGUCGAGGGGGAAACGAAGAGGACGACCUGUGCAUCUGUAGCCAUGACUAUACCCCGUAUCCCAACACCACAGAGUGUCACCGGGGCUUUACUCAAAACAGCGACUGUCGGUGUGUGGACAGUCUGUGUCCAGAUGGAACCCAAAGAUUCUUACAGAACAACAUCGGAAACUGCAAAAAUGUGGCCACGGAUCACAGUCACGUGUGUUCUCCAAUCAUCGAAGGACUAUCACCAGAUAGUUCGACUCCCAGACACGAGGUAACCGAGGACCUCCAUACUGUGAUGACUCCUCCAAAUAAGGACGUUGAUGAUAGAGGAGUGAAAAACGACAAUGACACAAAGAACUUAAACUCAAACAUUCUUAUCGCUGUUCUUACAUCGAGUUUUGGUUUACUCGUUAUUGUUGCUAUCAUAAUCAUAGUAUAUUGUGUGUGGGUAAAACAUUCUGGUGAUUACACCGUAAUGGAAUCACAGUAUGAUCAACUACAAUCACCGUAAAUUUAUUCCAAACAUCAAAAUCAUUCAAAGGAAGAUUUCCGUGUGUGGAGGUGUAGAAGUGUAUAAAGUAUGGGUGAUAUUUCUCCACAGUCAAUGAUUAAUGGAUCUGGAAGAUGUAAGAAAUUAUGGUGAACUUCUCUUUCGUGGGUGUUCACAGAGUAAAUGGUGUACCUCCGUGUGUACAUAGAGAAUGAUGAAGAUAUUUGGGAGGUAUUGGAGUGAUUGUUCGAUCCCCAUGCACUAUAUUUAUAUGUUAGAGAGUGGAUGGAUCUGGAGAAUACUAGUUAUAGACUGUGAGCAAGAGUACAUGAUAACUCCACUAAAUUUUACUCCUUUUUGUUGUGUUUAUUGGAUUCAUGCUGAUGGUGCAAAUAGGACGUUAGUGAGGUGGAGAAAGAGGACGGGCAAGAGGAGAAAGACUGGUGUGUUAAUAUGGAAUGGUUGGGGCAUUUAUCCUGCUUGUUAGUAUGGAGAGGUUGAGGCAUUUGCCCAGUAUGCUAGUAAGAGAGGAUGGUGAAUUUUACCUGAAUGUUAGUAUGAAGAGCUGCAGGCUUUUACUCUGUAUUUCACUAUGGAGAGGGCGAGGCUUUUGUCUGUAUGUUAGUACCCUGUAUGUUAGUAUGAAGAAGAUGUGGACUGUGACUAUGGUGUGAUAAUUGGUGUGUUGGCUUUGUUUAGAUUUGGUUACUUUAAUUGCAGGUAUUGAUGUUCCCAUAUUCCCCAGAGAGUGAAAGGAACAAAGAUCUCUUGUAUCUCUCGUAUUUUAUAUCUUGGAUUGUCAAGUUUAAUCCAAUUAUGAAUGCACAGCAAACAAGACACCCAGAACUAAAGCUAUAUUAAAACUACAUUCUGUAUAUCCCAUUAAAGGUUUGGACAGCUGGCUGUGAGUGAAUCAGUACUGAUAGUAACUGUGUGACAGUUCUAAUAUAAUAAGAGUGGAGUUUUCUGGGGUAAGGAGGAAUCAAAAUGUAAAAGACAUAUUAGGAUAGGAGACAUCAGCAACAUUAUGUGACCACCUAGUCACUUGGGUUAUUGUCCGCAUUCUUUGUUAAAUGACAUGCAACAAACAUAAAACACAGAAAAUGUUUUGUGUCCAGACAAAUCACUAAUGACAAAUCUGAAAGUGUGUAUGUCUUUUGACACAGGUUGUGUUUUAUGUCACAUAUCUGCAUGUAGUUUGCGUGGCAAAAAGCAAAUCACAUCCGCUUUUGAAUGAUGAAAUCUUGAACCAAAGGGGCUGACAACUGUAAAGAAAUUCAGUGCUACUUCCAUUUAGAUUUUCAAAUUGUUGUAAUUAUUGUUGUUCUUAAUAAACAACUUGUCCAGCUGUA